AUGCCGAGGCUCACGCUGAUAAACAAGUGCGCCACGGUGCCAGAGCUCUCCUUCUCCAAUGGUGCGCCUUCUGGACAGGUGAUGGAGCCCAGCAGCGCUCGCUUCCUGGACGUUCUCUUCGAGCGGCCGGAGGAGUUCUUCCCCCAUGGCACCUUCUCUGGAGCAGACCCCCGGCUCAGCUCCCCACUCCAAGAUCAUGCCUACGGGUGCACUUCGGAGCAAGGUUAUGAGGCCUGGCCGUCGAGCAGGGAGCAGGGACUCAACGACAGCGACACCGACGACCUCUUGCAACUGAUCAUCAAUCCGAACGACGUGUAUGUUUCCAGGAGCCCUGCGGCUUCCCCAGAGAGCGACAGCGGCAUCUCCGACGAUCCCCGGGCGGACACCCCCCUGCAGAACGAGGGUCCCACGACCCCAGGCCUGCCCCCCACUGCCGUGUACGAAGUCAUCUGCGACCGGGGAAUGGUAGAGAGAGAGGACCCGGCCGGUCACAUCUUCUCAAACACCCUAGGGGCCUGGACACCCCCAGGGAUGCUUCCGGAGGCCUGCAUGGUAGGCGAAGUGUCACCCAGCCUUUUUGAAAAUGCAGCCACUCCCAGCACGGCAGAGAUUUCCAGAGACCAGGAUCCAUUCCAGCAACUCCACCUCCCGGGCCUCUUCUUGACGGACGAGGAGAAGCGGCUCCUGAGUCAGGAGGGCGUAUCACUGGGCUGUAACCUACCCCUCACUAAGGUAGAGGAGCGGAUCCUAAAGAAAGUGCGGAGGAAGAUCCGCAACAAGCAAUCGGCCCAGGACAGCCGGCGACGGAAGAAGGAAUACAUCGACGGGCUGGAGAGCCGGGUGGCAGCGUGCUCGGCCCAGAACCAGGAGCUGCAGAAGAAAGUUCAGGAACUGGAGGACCACAAUGUGUCCCUGCUCAGCCAGCUCCAGAGGUUACAUGGGCUCAUCAAACAGACCUCGACCAAGGCUGCCCAGACGAGCACCUGCCUGGUGAUCCUCAUCUUCUCCCUUGGACUCCUCAUCCUGCCCAAUUGUGGCGCCUUGUUGGGAAGGACCCAGGUCAGCCAGGAUGGCUACAAGCCCUCUGGAGUGAUCUCCCGAACAAUCCUGAACGACAACAGAGGGUUCUCUGAGCCAGAGGGACCCCCUGGUGCCGACGCACCAGCUGCGCCUGCUCCACGGAUGCAAGGGCCCGAGGAGGGUCCGGAUCCCAGCAACGGACAGCCCCCCGCCGUCAGCAAAAGGAACACGUCUGCUGCAGAAGCACCCAGGAGCUCUCAGACGGGACCAAAGGAAGAGCUUCUGGACAGGGCAAAGAGGCCCCCGCAGGACAAAGACCCGGCUAAGCAAAUGCACGCCGACGAGAUGUGA